CCUGCAUUUCAAUGUGGUUCUACUGAGUACUGACUCAGAGGGGCGGGUUACUCGUGGACACCACACUUUUUAUCUUUGUAAAUAAUGGUGAAAACCAUGAAUCAUUUUCCAUCCACUUCACAGUUCUGAUCUACUUUGUGCAGAAUAAUCCGAUCAUAAAAUAGUAAUUAGAAACAUCAGAACAUGCCCAGCAGGAGGGACUGGGACAGUUUGGGUUUUACUGAGCUGGGUUUCUACAUGAGCCCAGGAACAGAGACCUAUCUUAACAGAACAGCAACUGAGCUCAAGUCUGAACUCAACAGAACCCAAGAGUUCAUCAGAACCGAUUAAAUUACUCUGCCUGACAGCAGGGGGCAGCACUCAUGCCUCAGUCCUCCAGCUGCCGGAAGCACAACACCAGAGUGUUUCCGGGCGUAGCUGUGUGUUUUGUUGCGGCCAGAUCGGUUCGAUCUAUCGGGUCCUUCAGGUUCUGUUUCACUUCGGGUCUUGAUACACCACCGAUAUUUCGUCCUGCUCCAUGCCCGCCUCUGCUCUCUGAUCUGCGGCUCUCUCUCGGUCCUCUCCUCCUCAUGGCCUCCAGAAGGCCAGAUAGCUUCGACGGGUUCGGGUUCCGUAGCCGCGACGACCCGUACGGAGCCGGAUACACGACCCGGAGCUCCGGGGGCGCUGGGGACUUGCAGCAUCACCACUGGGUCACCACGCCGCCAGACAUCCCGGGUAGCCGGAACCUGCACCCUGGAGAGCGGACACCGCUGUUCGAGGAGGCCCAGCAAAGAGAACCCGGAGCCGGCUGGGAGGUUCCGCAGGCCGCGGGGGUUCCUCCAGAACAGCUGAGCAGAUUCGCCGGGUUCGGGAUCGGACUGGUCAGUCUGUUCACGGAGAACGUCCUCGCUCACCCCUGCAUCGUCUUUCGCAGACAGUGUCAGGUGAACUUCCACGCCCGCUGUUAUCACCUGACUCCGUUCAGCGCUGUCAGCGUCAUGUAUGCCAUCACCAAGGCCCAGGGAGGAAAGGCUCUGUGGAAGGGGAUGGGCAGCACCUUCAUCGUUCACGGCAUCACUCUGGGUGCUGAGGGCAUCAUCAGUGAAUUCACACCAUUACCACGGGAGCUUCCUCACAGCUGGAGCUGGAAACAACUGGCAGGACAUUUACUCCUCAAAGGGUUAACAGCUGUGGUGGCUCUUCCUUUUUACUGCGCCAGCCUCAUUGAGACUGUCCAGAGCGAAAUCGUUCAGGAUGAGUCCUCCUCCGGGCUGCUGGACUGUAUCCGUGAGGGUCUGACUCGGCUCCUCGGUGUGGGUGCUCCUCACAGCCGCCGUCUGCUUCCUCUCAGCUGUCUGCUGCUUCCUGUGGCACUGCAUGCCAUCUUGCGCUAUGCUGUCGCAGCCUCCGUCCAGCGGGUGGCACUCUGGCUGCACCAGCACAGCAGGAAGCACCGGGUGGACCCCUCCAACCCCCUUGACGCUUACUUUCCUGAGCUGGCGGCAGCGUGGGUGGGGUCUCUGGUGGCUGACGUGGUUCUGUUUCCUCUGGAGACGGCGCUGCACCGCCUCAGCCUGCAAGGCACGCGCACCAUCAUCGAUGCCACAGAUGGAGUGGUGGGAGCAGGAAGUGGUGGCAGCCCGCUGGUCCUUCCUGUCAACACGCAGUACGAUGGCUUCUCCGACUGCCUGCACUCCAUCCGCCGCAAAGAGGGCGGGGCCGGCUUCUAUCGAGGCUUUGGGGCUCUGGUGACGCAGUACACGCUGCACGGGGUGCUGCUCGCCGCUGCCAGGACGGUGCUCAGGGUGAUGCUGCUGGAUGCCAAGGUUUGCUGAGGCGUUACCGUGGAGAUGGCGUCACUAUGGUGACAAGAUGUUUGUUAGGUGAUAAUUGGUUGAUAAUCUGCACACUGGAGGUGAUCGUCUGACAUCAUUUCAAACCGAAUGACCUUUCCACAUGCCCUCCUGAUAGCACUUCCUGCCAACCCAUGAUGUCAUAUGUUGCCAUGGAAAAUCUCUGUUAAUUUGAACUGAUCCUAUUGGUUGCCUGCAGCUGCUGUAAAACAGCUGCAAACAUAAAAAGUUAUGGAAACAAAUCUGAAGACAUAAAGCAUAAACCCGACUCUCCACCCGAGCUGCAGAUUUCUGUGUAUAAAACUGUAAAGGAAAACAUUCGGUGUGAAAAUGUAGAUUCAGAAUAAAUUAUUUGUGAAUUGUUAAUAAAUAAAUACAGAAUUUUCUGAAUAAAUGUCCAGAAUGAUUUGAAAUAAUAAAAUUAAAUUGUUGUUAGAUGUUUA